AAUGUAUGAUUGAUGUUUAAUGUAUAAUUGCAAUGUUAAUUCGUCAAAUUUUUUAUUGUAAGAAUGAUGGGCCUAUUACUAUUUGGCCUGUUUGAACGUAGUGAUCAUGCAGGCGUAAGUAUUGUAAGUCUUGCCCGGGUAUAGUGAUCAAUUAUCCUACUUAAAGACAGUACACAAUGAUUAAUGAUAGCAAGCGAUAUGUUUAAUUAACAUAUGAACAAAUUAGUAAUGAUGUGUUGAUGCGGUUUUAAGUAUGAUAUUACGAUCGGAGACAUCCAGAAAAGAUGCUGCAUUUCCUGUAAUUACGUCUUCAUUUUACAUUCUGACAUUCUAUUGCUAUUAUUAUAUUUAUGAGAACUUGGUUAAUAGCACUAUCAUUUAUAACUGGUAAUUGUGAUUAGUCUGUCUUAAUCCAUGUCUCCAUUAUCAUAUUUGCUACCCCUUCAAAUAUUUUCUUUCGAUUAAUAUGUUUGUCUGAUUUUGGUUCUCUUUUUUUUCCCUUUCUUUUUUGUUAAAAUAUCCAAUCGGAAAGGCACACUUGCGCAUUACAUUAUUAAAACUAAUCGCAGUGAACGUUUGUAGCCUAUCAUUGAUAAGUCGUGACAUACUUAGAUGACACUUGUAAUAUUUCUCCAUGGUUAUUUUCUAUUGUGGAUAUCGUGUUGAUAGCAUAGAUUCAAAUUCUAAUCUACUUCAUGACCUAGUAUAAUUAUACCACAGACUCUGUGAUCCUUGUCUGUCAAUUCUCUUACACAUCUUGUGAGUGAGUUCCAUACAAGGGGCUGUGUAGACGGUAGGAAUCUAUUGUUGUUGGGGGCCUAGUGUUUUGAUAUCGUAGUUCCAAACAUUUUUCGAAAAUGGCACGAGGAAUCGGCGGACGCGGAAUCUUUGUUAGGCUAAGCAUGGCAAAUUACGAGCUCAUGCCAUUGGCCGUUAUACUUGGAUUUGCCUGCACCAUGGCGACAGCGUACGUUGGCUACGCUGCAAUACAAAAGAAGGAUGUGUCGUUUAUUCGAUGGAAGAAUCCCCAUCCAUGGAUCAAAGUAGACCCUGAAAGUACACAAAAGGUAGGAAUUGUUUAGCGCAAGCAUUUGCUUUUGAUAACGACAUGAGACACAUAAAGCAUG